CGCGCGGCGGGAGGAGGGGCAGAGUGGAACUGUGGGCUGGGGGCCCGAGCACAGGUCUGUGCGCUGGAAGCUAGCAGCAGGCUCAACCUCGCGCGCCGAGACCCGGCGAGGUAAGGCAGGUGGCCGCGAGAACCUGUUACAGGUCAGUUUUUAGUGAGAAAACACUGGGCUAGGAGCCAAGACCCAUCUCUUCACUAUUUUGGUAUUGUGCAAGUCUUCUUAUCUCUUUGGAUCUCAGUUGACUCAUCUGUAAAAAGGAGAUUAAAAUUAUUUACCUGCCUGAACAUGAGGUGGAGGACUCUCCUGCUACAGUAUUGCUUUCUCUUGAUUACAUUUCUACUUACUGCUCUUGAAGCUGUGCCUAUAGACAUAGACAAGACAAAAGUACAAAAUAUUCACCCUGUGGAAAGUGCAAAGAUAGAACCACCAGAUACUGGACUUUAUUAUGAUGAAUAUCUCAAGCAAGUGAUUGAUGUGCUGGAAACAGAUAAACACUUCAGAGAAAAGCUCCAGAAAGCAGACAUAGAGGAAAUAAAGAGUGGGAGGCUAAGCAAAGAGCUGGAUUUAGUAAGUCACCAUGUGAGGACAAAACUCGAUGAACUGAAAAGGCAAGAAGUAGGAAGGUUAAGAAUGUUAAUUAAAGCUAAGUUGGAUUCCAUUCAAGAUAUAGGCAUGGACCACCAAGCUCUUCUAAAACAAUUUGAUCACCUAAACCACCUGAAUCCUGACAAGUUUGAAUCCACAGAUUUAGAUAUGCUAAUUAAAGCGGCAACAAGUGAUCUGGAACACUAUGACAAGACUCGACAUGAAGAAUUUAAAAAAUAUGAAAUGAUGAAGGAACAUGAAAGGAGAGAAUAUUUAAAAACAUUGAGUGAAGAAAAGAGGAAAGAAGAAGAAUCUAAAUUUCAAGAAAUGAAGAAAAAGCAUGAAAAUCACCCUAAAGUUAAUCAUCCAGGAAGCAAAGAUCAACUAAAAGAGGUAUGGGAAGAGACUGAUGGAUUGGAUCCUAAUGACUUUGACCCCAAGACAUUUUUCAAAUUACAUGAUGUCAAUAGUGAUGGAUUCCUGGAUGAACAAGAAUUAGAAGCCCUAUUUACUAAAGAGUUGGAGAAAGUAUAUGACCCUAAAAAUGAAGAGGAUGAUAUGGUAGAAAUGGAAGAAGAAAGACUUAGAAUGAGGGAACAUGUAAUGAAUGAGGUUGAUACUAACAAAGACCGAUUGGUGACUCUGGAGGAGUUUUUGAAAGCCACAGAAAAAAAAGAAUUCUUGGAGCCAGAUAGCUGGGAGACGUUAGAUCAGCAACAGUUCUUCACAGAGGAAGAGCUAAAAGAAUAUGAAAAUAUUAUUGCUUUACAAGAAAAUGAACUUAAGAAGAAGGCAGAUGAGCUUCAGAAACAAAAAGAAGAGCUACAGCGUCAGCACGAUCAACUGGAGGCUCAGAAGCUGGAAUAUCAUCAGGUCAUACAGCAGAUGGAACAAAAAAAAUUACAACAAGGAAUUCCUCCAUCAGGGCCAGCUGGAGAAUUGAAGUUUGAGCCACACAUUUAAAGUCUGAAGUCCGCCAGAACUUGGAAGAAAGCUGUUAACUCAACAUCUAUUUCAUCUUUUUAGCUCCCUUCCUUUUUCUCUGCUCAAUAAAUAUUUUAAAAGCAUAUUUGGAAUAAAGGAAAAUACUUUUUAAA